GACCGGCAGGAGUUCGGUUGAGAGUGUGAUGCUGGGGGAGUACCACUGAUGAGAGAGCGGACCCACUGUCUCUGCUACCUUCACCUUCUGGACACUGUUCACCCCCAGGACACGGCUUCUUCUCCCCUUGUGUUCGGUGACCAAGUGUGUUUUGCCUCUGGUUCCCAGCAGCGAUGUCACAGAGGAGUGGGAUGGAGGACCCGGAGCGGUACCUCUUCGUGGACCGCGCCGUGGUCUACAACCCGGCUGCUCAGGCCGACUGGACUGCCAAGAGGCUAGUAUGGAUCCCGUCAGAACGUCACGGCUUCGAGGGCGCCAGCAUUCGCGAGGAGCGUGGGGAUGAGGUGGUGGUGGAAUUGGCCGAGAAUGGGAAGAAGGCAGUGGUCAACAAGGAUGACAUCCAGAAGAUGAACCCACCAAAGUUCAGCAAAGUGGAGGACAUGGCCGAACUCACGUGCCUGAACGAGGCAUCUGUGCUUCACAACCUCAAAGACCGCUACUAUUCUGGCCUCAUUUACACAUACUCCGGUCUCUUCUGUGUCGUCAUAAAUCCCUACAAAAACCUGCCUAUCUACUCUGAGAAUAUCAUUGAGAUGUACAGGGGCAAAAAGAGGCAUGAAAUGCCCCCACACAUCUACGCUAUCUCAGAGUCUGCAUACAGAUGCAUGCUACAAGAUCGAGAGGACCAAUCCAUUCUCUGCACAGGUGAGUCAGGAGCUGGAAAAACUGAGAACACAAAGAAGGUCAUUCAGUACCUGGCACACGUUGCCUCUUCCCACAAAGGAAGAAAAGACCACAACAAUCCUCCAGAGUCACCUAAACCAGUGAAACAGCAGGCUCAAAAUGCAGUUAGUGGACCCCUGUUUUAUGGUGAAUUGGAACGUCAGCUUUUACAAGCCAACCCCAUCCUGGAAUCGUUUGGCAACGCGAAGACAGUGAAAAAUGACAACUCGUCACGAUUUGGGAAAUUCAUCCGUAUCAACUUUGAUGUCACCGGAUACAUUGUUGGAGCCAAUAUUGAAACUUACUUACUGGAGAAAUCCAGAGCUAUUCGUCAAGCCAAAGAUGAGCGCACCUUCCACGUCUUCUACCAGCUGCUGGUUGGAGCUGGAGAACACCUGCAAUCGGACCUGCUUUUGGAAGGAUUCAACAACUACCGUUUCCUGUCCAAUGGCAACGUCACGAUCCCGGGUCAGCAGGACAAAGACAACUUCCAAGAGACAAUGGAGGCGAUGCACAUCAUGAGCUUCGGCCAUGAGGAGAUUCUGGGCAUGCUGAAGGUCGUGUCUUCAGUGCUUCAGUUUGGAAACAUUAUCUUCAAAAAGGAGAGGAACUCUGACCAAGCCUCUAUGCCUGAUAAUACUGCUGCUCAGAAGCUGUGUCACUUGCUGGGUAUGAAUGUAAUGGAAUUUACCAGAGCAAUCCUGUCACCAAGGAUCAAAGUGGGAAGAGACUACGUCCAGAAAGCACAGACUAAAGAGCAGGCUGACUUUGCUGUCGAGGCCCUGGCUAAGGCAACAUAUGAGCGUCUGUUCCGCUGGCUGGUCCAUCGCAUCAACAAAGCUUUGGACAGAACCAAAAGACAGGGUGCCUCCUUCAUCGGCAUCCUGGACAUUGCUGGUUUUGAGAUUUUCCAGUUGAACUCGUUCGAGCAGAUGUGUAUCAACUACACUAAUGAGAAGCUGCAGCAGCUCUUCAACCACACCAUGUUCAUCCUGGAGCAGGAGGAGUACCAGAGGGAGGGCAUCGAGUGGAGCUUCAUCGACUUCGGCCUCGACCUACAGCCCUGCAUCGACCUCAUUGAGAGGCCGGCACACCCUCCAGGUGUGUUGGCUCUGCUGGAUGAAGAGUGCUGGUUCCCCAAGGCCACAGACAGGACCUUUGUAGACAAACUGACCCAGGAACAGGGCACACACACCAAGUUCCAGAAGCCCCGUCAGCUCAAAGACAAGGCCGACUUCUGCAUCAUCCACUAUGCCGGCAAGGUGGACUACAAGGCAGACGAGUGGUUAAUGAAGAACAUGGACCCUCUGAACGACAACGUGGCCACUCUUUUACAUCAGUCCACGGAGAAAUUUGUAGCAGAGCUUUGGAAAGACGUCGACCGCAUUGUGGGCUUGGACCAGGUGGCAGGAAUGAACGAGACAGCUUUUGGUGCUACCUAUAAAACGAAAAAGGGCAUGUUUCGUACUGUGGGACAGCUCUACAAGGAGUCGCUAACUAAACUCAUGGCCACACUGAGAAACACCAACCCCAACUUUGUCCGCUGCAUCAUCCCGAACCACGAAAAGAGAGCUGGUAAACUGGAGCCUCACCUGGUUCUGGACCAGCUCAGGUGUAAUGGAGUCCUGGAGGGGAUUCGCAUCUGUAGACAGGGCUUCCCCAACCGCAUCAUCUUCCAGGAGUUCAGACAGAGAUACGAGAUUCUGACACCCAAUGCAAUCCCCAAGGGAUUUAUGGACGGAAAACAAGCCUGUGAAAGAAUGAUAUAUGCUCUGGAGCUGGACCCCAACCUGUUCCGUAUCGGUCAGAGUAAGAUCUUCUUCAGAACUGGGGUUCUGGCUCACCUGGAGGAGGAGAGAGACCUGAAGAUCACUGACAUAAUCAUCUACUUCCAGUCUGUGUGCCGUGGAUACUUGGCUCGCAAAGCCUUUGCUAAGAAGCAGCAGCAACUGAGUGCCCUGAAGGUCCUCCAGAGGAACUGUGCUGCUUACUUGAAGCUACGACACUGGCAGUGGUGGAGGCUGUUCACCAAGGUGAAGCCUCUGCUACAGGUCACCAGGCAGGAGGAGGAGCUGCAGGCCAAAGAUGAGGAGCUGGUAAAGGUGAAGGAGAGACAGCUCAAGGUGGAGAAUGAGAUGGAGGAGAUGGAGAGGAAACACCAACAGCUUGUCGAGGAGAAGAAUAUUUUAGCAGAGCAACUCCAUGCAGAGACGGAGCUGUUUGCCGAAGCCGAGGAGAUGAGAGUUCGUCUGCUCUCAAGGAAGCAAGAGUUGGAGGAGAUCCUUCAUGAUCUGGAGUCUCGGGUAGAGGAAGAGGAGGAGAGGAACCAAAGCCUGCAGAAUGAGAAGAAGAAGAUGCAGUCACACAUCCAGGACCUGGAGGAGCAGCUCGAUGAGGAGGAAGCUGCACGACAGAAGCUGCAGCUGGACAAAGUGACCGCUGAGUCAAAGAUCAAGAAGAUGGAGGAGGAUAUUCUGCUGCUGGAGGACCAAAACUCUAAAUACCUCAAGGAAAAGAAGUUGCUAGAGGACAGGAUCGGCGAGAUGACCUCCCAGCUAACUGAGGAGGAGGAGAAGGCGAAGAACCUCAGCAAAGUCAAGAACAAGCAAGAGCUGAUGAUGACUGACCUGGAAGAGCGUUUAAAGAAGGAGGAGAAAACCCGUCAGGAGCUUGAGAAGGCCAAGCGCAAACUGGACGGGGAGAUGACCGACCUGCAGGACCAGAUCAUUGAGCUCCAGCUCCAGGUUGAGGAGCUGAAGAUCCAACUGACCAAGAAGGAGGAGGAGCUGCAGGCCGCUCUGUCCAGGAGUGACGAGGAGAUCGUCCAGAAGAACAACGCCUUGAAGCAGGUUCGGGAGCUGCAGGCCCAGCUGUUGGAGCUUCAGGAGGAUCUAGAAUCAGAGAAGUUGUGUCGAGCUAAGGCGGAAAAACUGAAGAGGGACCUGAGUGAGGAGCUCGAGGCUCUGAAGACGGAGCUGGAGGACACGCUGGACACCACCGCCGCCCAGCAGGAGCUCAGGACCAAGCGAGAGCAAGAAGUGGCAGAGCUGAAGAAGGCCAUUGAUGAGGAGACCAAAAACCACGAGGCUCAGAUCCAGGAAGUUAGACUGAGGCACGCCACAGCGCUGGAAGAACUCUCUGAACAGCUCGACCAAGCCAAGAGGUUCAAGGCCAACCUGGAGAAGAACAAGCAGAGUCUAGAGACUGACAACAGAGAGUUGGCCUGUGAGAUGAAGAGUCUGCAGCAGACAAAGACAGAGUCGGACCACAAGAGGAAGAAACUGGAGUCCCAGCUGCAAGAGUUUACGGCCAGAGCCACAGAGGUAGAGAGGACCAAGGGAGAGCUGUCUGAACGCUCACACAAACUCCAGACUGAGCUGGACAACGUCUGUGCAUUGCUGGAGGAGGCGGAGAAGAAGGGCGUCAAACUGACCAAAGAAGUUGACAACCUGAACAGUAAACUGCAAGACUCGGAGGAGCUGAGGCAGGAGGAGACACGUCAGAAGCUGAACCUGAGCGGCCAAAUCCGCCAGCUGGAGGAGGAGAAGAACACCUUGUUGGAGCAGCAGGAGGAGGAGGAGGAGGCACGACGCAACCUGGAGAAACACCUGCAGUUGGCGCAAUCUCAGCUGUUUGAGACAAAGAAGAAGCUGGACGAGGACGUGGGAGCGAUGGAGGGCCUGGAGGAGGCAAAGAAGAAACUUCAGAAGGACAUGGAGCUGACCAGCCAGCAUCUGGAGGAAAAGACCAUGGCCAUGGACAAGAUGGAGAAGACCAAAAACCGACUGCAACAGGAGUUGGAUGACCUGAUGGUGGACCUGGACAACCAGAGACAUAUCGUCUCCAACCUGGAGAAGAAGCAGAAGAAGUUUGACCAGCUGCUGGCGGAGGAGAAGAGCAUCUCAGCUCGGUACGCUGAGGAGCGUGACCGUGCCGAGGCAGAGGCCAGAGAGAAGGACACCAAGGCUCUGUCUAUGGCCAGAGCUCUGGAGGAGGCUUUGGAGGCUAAAGAGGAACUGGAGCGGUUUAAUAAGCAGCUCCGUGCUGAAAUGGAGGACCUGAUGAACUCCAAGGACGACGUGGGAAAGAAUGUCCACGAACUGGAGAAGUCCAAGCGUAUGCUGGAGCAGCAGGUGGAGGAGAUGAGGACUCAGCUGGAGGAGCUGGAGGAUGAGCUGCAGGCCACAGAAGAUGCCAAACUGCGACUGGAGGUCAACAUGCAGGCAAUGAAGGCCCAGUUUGACCGAGACGUGCAGGCCAGAGAUGAGCAGGGAGAGGAGAAGAAGAGGGCGCUGGUCAAACAGGUGCGUGAGAUGGAGGCAGAGUUGGAGGAUGAGAGGAAGCAGAGAACUCUGUCUGGCGCGGCCAAGAAGAAGCUGGAGAUGGACCUGAACGAGCUGGAGGGACAGAUCGAAGCGGCCAACAAAGGCAGGGAUGAGGCUGUCAAACAGCUCCGCAAACUACAGGCUCAGAUGAAGGACUUUCAGAGGGAGCUGGAGGAUGCUAGAGCCUCCAGAGAUGAGAUCUUCACCCAGUCCAAAGAGAACGAGAAGAAACUCAAGAGUCUAGAAGCUGAAAUCUUACAGCUACAGGAGGACCAUGCAGCAUCAGAGAGAGCCCGGCGACAUGCUGAGCAGGAGAGAGAUGAGCUUGCUGAUGAGAUCUCCAACAGCGUCUCUGGAAAGUCAUCGCUGCUGGAGGAGAAGAGGAGGCUGGAGGCUCGGAUCACGCAGCUGGAGGAGGAGCUGGAGGAGGAGCAGGGGAACAUGGAGAUGCUCAACGACCGCUUCAGAAAAACCACAAUGCAGGUGGAAAGCCUGACCACUGAGUUGACCGGAGAGCGCGGCACUGCACAGAAGAGUGAGAACGCUCGACAGCAGAUGGAACGGCAGAACAAGGAUUUGAAAGCGAAGCUGGCCGAGUUGGAAGGGACGGUGAAGUUGAAGUUUAAAGCGUCCAUCGCUGCCCAGGAGGCCAAGAUCCUGCAGCUGGAGGAGCAGCUGGAGCAGGAAGUCAAGGAGAGAGCAGCAGCCAAUAAAAUCGUCCGUCGCACAGAGAAGAAACUGAAGGAGGUGAUGAUGCAGGUGGAGGACGAGCGUCGUCAUGCCGAUCAGUACAAAGAGCAGAUGGACAAAGCCACCUCUCGUAUGAAGCAGCUUAAGCGUCAGUUGGAGGAGGCAGAGGAGGAGGCCACCAGGGCCAACGCCUCCCGCAGGAAGCUGCAGAGGGAGCUGGACGACGCCACCGAGGCCAGUGAGGGUCUCACCCGGGAGGUCAACUCCCUCAAGAACCGCCUCAGGCGGGGGGGUCCGGUCAGCAGCUUCUCCUCCAGCCGCUCAGGCCGCCGCAACCUCAAUCUGGACGGUGCCUCUGUCGACAUGUCAGAUGACGACGCCGACAGUCGAGCCAGCGACUUCAACGAGACUCCAACCCUCAACGCCGAGUGAUUCCAGCUACACUCAUUCCUCGCUUUUUCCUUGUCACUCCCCACCUCCAGCUCACCUUAUUCACCUGUGACCCUUGCCCCACUCCUCCCCCCCACCAAGUCAUCCUCGGCAGAGUGCCCCGGCAGUGCGACUCUGCCCUUUUUGUAUCAGUUAACACUGCAGGGAAAAACCACCGCCCUCCCCCGAAGUAAAACCUCCAGGCCUGGAGUGGCACAGGGGUCAAACGGACAUUUCUGCCUUACUCUGCUCUCAUUCAGCAAGCUGCUUGUCCUGGUUCAUCUGUCAGCCAUGUAUCUUCUUAGCAUCACAACUUCACCCUCUGAUGUACGGACUGCAACACUACAGGAACGACUAACAUCUCGGGGCUUGCAAAACAACAAAGUGGACUAAAUUGAAAAUGUAUUACUGUCACAUAAAGGUGUUUUAUUUUCUCUGUUACUUCAUCUCAACGAUUAACGAAGGAAUGUCUCACUGAGGUUUUAAGUAGGAAUCUCAGAGCUCAUAAGGUUAACUGCUCUGCGCUGUUGACCACACUGGUUAUCGAGUAUUUCAUAAUCCAGUUUGGACCGACUGGAUAUGUUGUUAAAUGCACAGAACUGCACAUGAAGAUGUUUGAAUUUUUAACUGGAAACCAACAGGGAAAAAAAGCUCUUACUGGAAACACUAAAGUGCUCACUCAGUGACACUAAAUGGUUACAGCUUAGAUUUACAUGUGUACUUUGAUUAGAAAUUGAGACUGAUUAAUAAUAAUGAUCUUCUCACUACA